UAAAAUAUCUCCAAAUAGCUUUAAAACACUUUAAAUACACAAGGCAGAUAAAUAUCCAAGUACGGAUUAUGUGCCUGAGUGAUCCUCAACCUCAGAACAGAAAAAGAAAAUAAUAAGUAGAUAUACUUCUUUCAAACUGUACUUAUUCAUCGAAUCACCAUAAGUGAUAAAAUAAUCAACACGUGUCAAACAACUGGUCGUGCAUUCCCAGGAGGAGAAAGACAAUCAAUGCUAGCAUAUAUGUUAUAAGAUAUCGAUAAGAAAGAUUGUAUUUAUCUCCAUCGUUGUAUGGAGAAAAGGGGCGUAAAUACAUCAAAGUGUCACUCGUUUUCGCGAAGAGCAUAUUUUCAUUGAAUCUAUUAAUUUUCCCGUGAUUGACAAUGAUUGUCAUGAAUACGAAACGAAACUUCUCAGAUAUCUCUCUCGAAUUGUCACAGUUUUUACUGAAAGCCGUGGGUAGUUGGAUAACGGUCAACAAAACCGAAGAACGUCAAAGAAGAAUCAAUAUGUUGUACACCGUCGCCUCGCACAUCUAUGCUUUGUAUAUUAAUAUCACCGAUAUUUAUCACAGUUGGGGCGAUUUUAACUAUUGUAUGUUCAUAAUAUCUAACUUAUUAAUAGUCAUACUAUCGCUAUCUAAGUUUAUAAUAUUAAGCUUUCGCAGAAGAGAAUUCGUGAAAAUAAUACUAUAUGCCCAGAAAAAUUUUUGGCAUUACAAAUAUGAAAAUUACGAAAAAUUACUUUUCAUGAAGUGUCAAACAUUUUGCAAGUUUUGGACCAUAAUCGCAUACUUUUUUGUACAAAGCUGUAUUUUUUUCUAUGUAAUUACACCAUUCUACGUGAAUUAUGGAAAGAACAAAUCAGAAAGAACACUUCCGGUCAGAAUGUGGAUCGAUAUACCGUUAAGCACAACACCAUAUUACGAAUUAUUGUUUGCCUCGCAGUUAAUAGCUCUACAACAAAUCGGCCUGACUUAUUUGAGUAACGAUAACUAUUUAUGCGUGUUGAGCAUGCAUCUGAAUUACCAGUUUCGCAUAUUGCAACAUCGAAUGCUCACCAUAUGGUCGAAUAUAAAGGAACAGAAGGAUAUCGUCUCUUGCACGGAAAAAUGUUACAAAGCUUUAAAGAAGUGCAUAAAACAGCAUCAAUCGUUGCUCAAAUAUUGCAAGAAACUCGAUUAUGUUUACACGUUGACCAUUUUAAAUCACGUGAUUGUGUUCAGCUUGAUAAUGUGCAUCGCCUUCUACGAAAUACUUAUAGCGGACGUACCUCUAACGACGCGUUUCAUUUUCGUUUUCUCCGGGAUUGGUAUCUUGGUCCAUAUACUUUUUUUCACGUAUAUUUGCGGCGAAUUGAUAGAAGAAAGUGGAAAUGUCGGAUUGGCAACGUAUUCAGGCUGGUGGACGACACUGCCAAUGAACAAAACUGGAAAAAUGUUACGGAACGAUAUGAAGAUAAUAAUGAUGAAGUGCAUGCGGCCAUGUUAUCUCUCCGCUGGAGGAUUUUUUCCUGUUUCCUUGGAAACGUCUACUAGUCUUAUAAGCUCUACCGUGUCGUAUUUUACUCUCCUGAGGGAAUCCAUGAAAUAGAUAAUUUACACAGAUUGUUCAAUCUUUGUGUUCAAAUAAUUAAAGAAAGAAAAGAAUUAAAUAAUCGAUCGUGUCACGUAAUGUAGAAG